AUGAGAUCAGAAAACACUUCUGACAUUUCUUUUCUGUGAAAAAUAUAUCAUUGCUCUUUUUGUUGUUUUUGAUUGCUUCCACUGUCUUCAUCUGUAAGUCGCUUUGGAUAAAAGCGUCUGCUAAAUGAAUAAAUGUAAAUGUAAAUAUAAAAAGAUAACACAGCACCGCAGAAGGCUAUAUAUAACAGUCUAAUCUUGUCAACACUGAGCAACAAAAGCUGUCAAACGUUUACAGACAGUCGUUUACUCGAGCAUAGGCUUCAGUAAUUCAUUUUAUUUUGUGUACACGUGCAGGAACAAAUCUAAUAUCGCGCUUAUUAACUAAUUUUGUCCCCAAUCCGGCCGAGUGACGUGCGCGUUCUAGAUUCCGCUGCGUGACCGCGGCGAUGACGUCAGUUCGCGGAAGUAAACAGACCGCAGCGCUUCGCAUAUAAACACGUUUAUGAAGUGUAUAAGAUUAUAUGAUCAUGAAGUAAGUAGUAUACGAGUAUCAUCGAUACAGUAAACAGCCCGUGGUUGAACUGUACGCUUGAAUGACCCUGAUCCGGGCAGGAGAAAGCGCCGUGCUCGUGAUUAUGCUGUAAAUAUUAUUGAUUAUUGGUUGAUUGAUUGAUGUUCGGGUCGGAAUGGCUGCGGGUUUCGCUCCCCCGAAGCUCAAAGACUUUAUUCUCACCGAGAAACUGGGAAGCGGCACAUAUGCGACAGUUUAUAAAGCUUUCAGAAAGGUUGGUUGGUUUCAGACGGACAGCAGGGAGGCGGUGGCUGUGAAGGUGGUCAGUAAGAAAACUCUGAAUAAAAGCUCAAUGGAGAACCUGCUGACAGAGAUUGAGAUCCUGAAAACAGUCCGGCAUCCUCACAUAGUGCAGCUCAAAGACUUCCAGUGGGACAGUGAGAACAUCUAUCUGAUUCUGGAGUGGUGUUCAGGAGGAGAUCUGUCACGGUUUAUACGCAGCUGCCGGAUUCUUCCAGAGAGAGUCGCUCGUCACUGCCUACAGCAGAUCGCAUGUGCUCUUCAGUUUCUCCACGAGAGGAACAUCUCUCACCUGGACCUGAAACCACAGAACAUCCUUCUGAGUGGAAACACGCUGAAGCUGUCAGAUUUUGGUUUUGCGCAGUACAUGAGCCCGUGGGACGAGCAGCAGGCUCUGAGAGGAUCUCCGCUCUACAUGGCUCCAGAGAUGGUCUGCAGACGCCAUUAUGACGCUCGAGUGGAUCUGUGGUCCGUCGGGGUCAUUUUAUACGAAGCUUUAUUUGGACGAGCGCCCUUCGCCUCUCGCUCUUUUGCUGAACUAGAAGAGAAGAUCCGCAGUGAGAAACCCAUCGAGCUGCCGUCGGGAGCGAGAGUUUCUCGUGACUGUCGUGAUCUGCUGCUGCGGCUGCUGGAGCGAGACCCGGACAGCCGCAUCACGUUUGAGGAGUUCUUCCUGCAUCCGUUCGUGGAUCUGGAGCACAUGCCCAGCGCCGAGAGCCUCGGGAAGGCCAAAGCGCUGGUGAUGCAGGCGGUGCAGAAGGACCAGGAUGGAGAGCGUUCGGCUGCGUUAUCUCUCUACUGUAGUGCACUCGAACACUUCGUUCCUGCCAUUCACUAUGAGACGGACAGACAGAGGAAGGAAGCGCUGAGACAAAAGGUGAAUCAGUAUGUUUCUCGUGCCGAGGAGCUCAAAGCGCUGGUCAGAUCGGACAACAAGAUCAGUUUUGAGGAGGCGAGAUCAACCAGGAACAUAUUAAUAGAAAUGUCUAGAGAUCAGCCGCGUUUAUUGGCUGCCCUGGAAGUGGCGUCCACUGCUGUUGCCCAGGAGGAGAGCGGAGCGGAGGACUACGACACGCUUGAUCUGUACCAGCAGAGUCUGGGCGAGCUGCUGCUGGCGCUAGCAGGUAAACGAUCAUUUGUGUUAUCUGUUAUUAUUAUUAUUUAUAAAACACAGGUGUCCGUUUUAUUAUGAAGGCUAGCAACCACCAAGUAACAGCUUAAAAUACCAUAGCAACCAUCAAGCAACAGCCUGGCAACCAUCAGAAUACCCUAGUAACUGCUUAGCAACAGGUGUAAACACUCAGAGCUCUCAGGCAACCAGCUAGUGAGAGCCUAGCAACAUCCCGAAUACCCAAGCAACUGCUUAGUAACAACACAGAAUACCAUAGCAACCACCUAGCGACAGCCUAGCAGCCACCUACUAAUAACCCAGAACAACAUAUCAACCAUCAAGCAAUAGCUUAGCAACCAUAAUAAUACCCUAGCAACCACUUAGCAAUGUAUGGAAACACUCAGAACACCCUAGCAACCACCUAGUAACAACACAGAAUAAAACAGCAAACACCUAGCAACAGCCUAGCAACAAUCAGAACACCCUAGAAACUGCCUAGCAACCAACAGAAUACAAAAACAAGAUAGUGAACAUCCUAAAAGCCACCUAGCAACAAACAGAAUUAUCUAGAAACUGCUUAGCAACAGGUGUAAACACUUAAAGCACUAAAGCAACCACCUAGUGAGAGCCUAGCAACCAUCCAGAACAUUUUUGCAACCACCUAGUAACAACAGAAUAAAAUAUCAACAGUUUAGCAACCAUCAGAAUAUCCUAGCAACUGCUUAGCAACGUUUGUAAACACUCAGAACACCACCAAGCAUCCUCAAAAUCAACCAGAAUACCACAGAAACCACUGAGCAACAGCCUAGCGACAUCCCAAAUACCAUAGCAACCUUUUGGCAACAUGUGGAAACUCUCAGAACAGCGUAGCGACAACCUAGUAACACUACAGAAUACCAUAGCAACCACCCAGUACACACUGGUGAGUGAGUGUUGGACGAACAUCACUGACACUUUUUCCUGAAAAUUAAAAAAGUUUCUUCGUAAUCUGGUGAUUGUUAGAGGAGGAGGGACGUCAGGCGUCCAGAUGUGAUGCGAGCGGUUGCCAGGUCAGCGUGUGUGGUACGAUCAUCUGGAUCUCAUCUUCAUUCUCAGAGUUAUUAAAUACUGAACCAAAUGAAGACCGUUAUCUCUCAAACUCCUCGAGAGCUCCCAGAUCUCUGCUCACUGCAGGUUUUGUUUGGCCGCUACGCACCCGAUGUUGAUCUGUUAGGCUGCUAAUGUCAGCGCUAGCCUGAUGAAAACAGCUUAGGACUCAGUGUGCAGGACUAGUUCCUCCAGAUCACGAAAUAUUCAACUGUUGUGCCGUUAUUUUAUCGAUAAAGAAACAGACAAAAAGAAUCCCCAUAUUUACACUGAAGAAGAGAUUUUAUGUAAUACUUUCAUUGCUCUUCCAACUACACGACAGUUUGCUAAAACCCACACAAAAAAACAUAAAAGCAUAGAAUCAUGUUAAAUCCCAAUCAGAAAACCUUGAAUAAACUACAUAAUGUGCUAAAACCCUCAGAACACCAGAGUAACCACAUAGCAGCGUGCUGAAACCUGCUAGUUACUCUCUGGAGGAUUAAAAAAAGAAGUCAGUGUUAUCUUGUGUGUGUGUGUGUGUGUGUGUGUGUGUGUGUGUGUGUGUGUGUGUGAAGCCGUCCGCAGUGAUUUGUGUUGU